CUACAGUCAUUUUUCAACUCUGGAGAACAGAAAAUAAUCCGAGGGAGUUAAAUCUUGCGAAUAAGCUGCGUGAAGUAACGAUUUAAACUAAUUUUGGCCAUUGCACCAACAUGCGAGCCAAAUGUGACCGUUUCUGCUUGAUUUCUUCGCUCAAACUUUGCAAUAAUAAUCGUCGUUUAUAUUUUAUCGUUUUUCAAUGAAAAUUCUCCCGAAAAAUCGACGCCUUGACUUUGCUUGCAGAUGGAACUGUCUUUGUCUUCUUUGGAGUCAUCAAUCGAUUGUUUUGAUUGUUUUUCACAUUUUAUCCAAAAGUUUCUGGUUUCGAUGGAAACGAACAAACAACAACAAGAAACAAGAUUAAGAUGAAUUACUAAAUUGUUGUGAUCCAACAAACGAAAAAACCCCCGAGAGUGAUUUAAAGGGCCGGCGAAUCAACCAGGUUCGGUUACUUUAAGCGAUUCUUAUGGAAUUAAAUUUGUUGGACUGAUGAAAAUAAUUAAUAAAACUUUUAAAAACUCCUUACCAGGAUCUUUGGUGAAGAAAAAUUGUUUUUAGUUUUGAUCGUUAGGUAAAAGACAUCUCAUUAAUAUUAUAAACACCCGAUUAUUUGAAAUAAAAAUAUAACGCGAACUUAUUUAUUCAUCCCCUCUUUAUAUCGACCCCCUUUUUUCCAUUACCGCCCCAAAAAACUUGUACCCGAAGCGAUGCGCGGCUUCGAUCCUUUCCAUUUUUGUAUUAACGACAUCGUCGGACGGUUGUUGCGAUAUCCGAAAAUGUCAAAAAUCGAAAGUGAAAAUAACAACACUAGUGUAGAUAAGAACGGUAAUGCUUGGGAGAAUGUCAUCGACAUUGAGGAAGAUACUAAAAAGUCGGCCGUCGAGGUCGUAGACAUUAGCCGCAGGGCUUUCGCUACCGGAAAAUCGAAAUCUUUGGAGUUUAGAAAGGAUCAAUUGAAAAAACUUUUGACUUUCUUACAGAAAGAAAAAAAUAAAAUUAUUGAAGCUCUACAUAAAGAUUUACGUAAACAUAAACUAGAAACAGAAAUUUAUGAAAUAGAAAUUGUAGCAAACGACAUAAGACAUUCUUUAAUUGAAUUAAAAAAUUGGGCAAAACCGAGCAAACCGGAAAAAAGGUUGAUAAAUAUUUUGGACGGCGUUUACAUUUACAAAGAACCGUAUGGUGUUGUAUUGAUUAUAGGGGCGUGGAAUUAUCCAAUAUUGUUAACUUUAGGACCGGUUUUACAUGCUAUAUCAGCUGGAAAUACGAUCGUUUUGAAACCAUCGGAAAUAGCUCCACACACGGCAACUUUAUUGGCGACUGUGCUUACGAAAUAUUUAGAUAAAGAAUGCUUCCAAGUUUAUCUUGGUGCGGUUCAAGAAACUACCGAAUUGCUAGAUCAAAAAUUUGAUUACAUUUUCUUUACCGGUUCAACUGCUGUCGGUAGAAUCGUAUACAAAGCUGCGGCGAAGAAUUUAACACCGGUGACGCUAGAAUUAGGAGGCAAGAGCCCGGUUUAUCUCGAUGAUAAUGUCGAUAUGGAAAGGGCGGCUAGAAGAAUUAUUUGGGGGAAAAUAGUGAACAGCGGACAAACUUGCAUAGCUCCGGAUUAUCUCCUAUGUACUAAAGCGACGGAAAAAAAAUUUUUACGAGAAGCUCAGAAGAUAUUAACGGAAUUCUACGGAUCGGAUCCGAAAAGAUCGACGUACGUUAGUAAAAUAGUGACGGAUAUGCAUUUCAAGAGGUUAUUGGAUUUUAUAAAAACGGAAAAUGUCGCGAUCGGCGGGAAAUUCAUCGAGGACGAAAGGUUGUUGGCUCCCACUAUUUUGAUCAACGUCAAUCCCGAUGAUUCCGUUAUGAGGGAAGAAAUUUUCGGGCCGAUUCUACCUAUAAUAAAUAUAAAAGAUGUAGAAGAAGCUAUCGAAUUUAUAAACGCUCGCGAAAAACCUUUAUCUCUCUACGUCUUCACUAAAGAUAAAAAUAUCAGGAAAACCAUUUUAGAAAGGACUUCUUCGGGUGGGGUUACAGUUAAUGAUACAAUCACGCAUGUGAUUACGGAAAAUUUGCCGUUCGGGGGCGUCGGGAGUAGCGGUAUGGGAUCUUACCACGGACAAGAAGGUUUCGAUACUUUUUCCCAUAAAAAAAGCGUUUUGAUAAAAGAUUUCAGCGGAUUUAGCGAAUUGGGUUUAUCUAUGAGGUAUCCGCCGUACAACGACGCCAAAGUUACUUUAUUGAACUGCAUAUUGAAAAAAAGAAGGGGUAUUCCAAAUUACGUGUUAAAAAAUGCGGGAUUGUUUUCUGCUGGAUUCAUUUUUUCCUAUUUCUUUCAAUACGUAUCUUGUCUUAUAAACGGAUGCGAAUAAUUAGUUUCCGAGGGACGAAAUCCAUUCCCUCGAUUGCAAUUUAGUUUCUGGAGCGACCAAAUUUCGUUCCGGUCACUCAUUAGAUCAUAAUUAAAUGUUUUGUACGUUGCGAAAACCACGUCAAGAAAAUAACCUUACAUUCGAUAAACGAACUUUAACUAGUGAAAAGACGCGAAUUUAUAUGAUACCUCGAAAAUACUCGAUGUUUUUAUUGAUUACCUUAUCAUUUUGAGGCGUCUACGUCGAUUUUUUAAGCAUUUUUCAACACGAUAUUCAUUGUGACUGAUUUUUUGGCUAAAUACGAAACAAUAGUUAUCAUUCAGCCAACGUAUCUGCCAGAUAUGGUUCCCUUUUACUUUUUUCUAUAUGAAAAAUUCAAAAAAUCUACUCUAAGCUACGAAUCACGAGGUUAAUGAAGUAAUUUCAUUAAAAUUACUAAGUUUAUCUCAUACUAGUGUCUAUUGGUUCGAAAAUAGCCAAUUUUGAAAGCAAAUUUGACAAAAAUGGCCUAGUAGAAUUUACUAUUUUAAUGCUACUUUCAAGUAUUAUCUUUUCAUCAGCUGUCUAUGUGGAAAUAAAAUUUUCAAAUCCCUCCAAACAUGCACGUCACUGUCUUUUUCUUUUCUAAGUAGUCGUAAUACAAUUUAUUUUUCUAUUAUUAUUAUUAAAAAUGAUCUAGUUUGCUACAAAAUACGAAUUCACAAAUAAUUAACAAAUAAAUGGGAAAAUUAUUUUUAAAUGCAAAUAUUUUGUGUAUAAACUUUUAGAUUAGAAUAAAGAGUUUCUUGCCUUUCAA